AUCGAUGGUAUUUAUACCUGACACUGUGUCAGUGACUUAAAAAACAAAAACUUCUCUUCAGUAGUUUCCCCAACAAUAAAUGACGAAAAAAUUAUGAUAUUCUUCUCUUAAAGUUGAAUAUGCAACUGGCUUAAAUUUAUGGUCCACACUUGAAUUUGAAGUCCGUUUCAUGAUUUGAACGUAUUUAAGUAACUAGCUCUAAAAAAUCCAUUUCUCGAUAGCUCAAUCGAUUUCGAUAGGUUUGACAGUGCUGUUAAACAGCAAUAUUGCGAAAGUUCAAGCAGUUGCGCGCCACUCAUAAAAAUUUGAAAUUGGGACACAUGGUUAAGGUUAAUGCAUGCAGAAGACAAACAAACGAAAUCAACAGGAAACUCAAGUUGUUCUUGCAAUGCAAACAAGAAGAAACAAAUAGAGGGCGAGGUUAAAUGCAUUUUUAAUGGCCGUGUCUGUGCCAAGGCAGCUAGUAAGGUGUAAAAAAUGCUCACAGUUCAAGAACAAUGGCCAGCUAUUAUAGACGCAAAAAGGCAGACACGGUAUUUCUGAAUGCCAAGCCCAUAAACAGCGGCAAUGCGCAGGCCUAUCUUCAAGGAGUACGGAAGUAUUCUAUUGGAUUGGCUGAACGUUUGGACAACGACUAUAUACAGCCGACAAAUGAUAAGAAACGAGGUUCCAUAAGCACCGUGGGCUCCAAUAAUCCCGACUUUACCCCGAGCGUCUUUUAUCGCAGUAUUGCGCCGGUUAAUUGGUUCCUACGGAUCAUCGGGGUUCUGCCCAUUGUGCGCCGUGGUCCCUCUCGCGCCAAAUUUGCUCUAAAUUCGGCGCCUUUUGUCUAUUCGGUUGUUUUCUUCGUUUUGCUAGCGUUCUACGUUGGCUACGUGGCCAACAAUCGAAUCCACAUUGUGCGCUCGCUGAGCGGACCCUUCGAGGAGGCGGUCAUCGCAUAUCUAUUCCUGGUCAAUAUUCUGCCAAUUAUAAUAAUACCCAUACUUUGGCUGGAGGCCAAGAAGAUAGCGCUCUUGUUCAACGACUGGGAUGACUUUGAGGUGCUCUACUAUCAAAUUUCGGGUCACAGUUUGCCGCUAAAUCUCCGCCAGAAGGCGAUCUACAUUGCCAUCGUGCUGCCCAUACUGUCGGUGCUGUCCGUGGUCAUCAUCCACAUAACCAUGUCGGAUUUCAAUCUCAAUCAAGUGGUGCCCUACUGUAUACUGGACAAUUUGACAGCCAUGCUGGGCGGCUGGUGGUUCCUCAUCUGCGAGGCAAUCAGCACAACGGCCUAUCUGCUGGCGGAGCGCUUUCAGAAGGCACUGAAGCACAUUGGUCCCGCCGCCAUGGUGGCGGACUAUCGUGUCCUCUGGCUGCGCCUGAGCAAGCUGACCCGGGACAUGGGCAAUGCGCUGUGCUACACCUUUGUAUUCAUGAGUCUCUAUUUGUUCUUUAUCAUCACUCUGUCAAUUUAUGGACUCAUGUCACAGCUGUCGGAAGGAUUCGGCAUUAAGGAUAUCGGAUUGACCAUAACGGCGCUCUGGAAUAUCGGACUACUCUUCUACAUUUGCGAUGAGGCCCACUAUGCCUCGGUCAAUGUGCGCACGAAUUUCCAAAAGAAACUUCUGAUGGUCGAACUCAAUUGGAUGAACUCGGAUGCCCAGACGGAGAUCAACAUGUUUUUGCGCGCCACCGAAAUGAAUCCAUCGAACAUCAAUUGCGGCGGCUUCUUCGAUGUCAAUCGGACUCUGUUCAAGGGCCUGAUCACCACCAUGGUCACCUAUUUGGUGGUGCUGCUGCAGUUCCAGAUCAGCAUUCCGACGGACAAGGGCGACGGCGAUGGCAACUCAAAUGUGACCGUGGCCGACAUGUUGAUGGACAGUUUGGGUAAUGACAUGACCUUGCUGGGCACUCCCAGCUCCACCCUGGCACCCACAGCUACAACAACUACAAUACCAGUCGGCCGAUCUGGGCGUGGCCGCAAGGGUUAAAAUGGGUCAAGGUAAGGCCUGCUGUAAGGCCACUACAUAAAAAAUAAAGAAAAAGGUAAACAAAGGUAUAGAACAAUAUAUUAGCAUAGUUAUUAGAAGUAUACGAUUUAACAGGCAACAAGAGCCGAAUGAAAUAAAUUUUUCUAUUAUUUGUUAUUUGUGCCACAAAAAAUAGGCCUAUUGAAAAUUUUUGAAAUAAACUGCUAUAGCCGAAAUGCGUAUUUGAAAUUCAACUCAAGCAGAAAUUAAUGUUUAAAUUAAACGGUCAAAUUCAAUUGGCCAAUGGGAAAUGCCCCUGGUAACACAGCAGUGUGAGCAAAAGAGAAGACUAUAUAAGCAAAGGCAGACAUUAUAUUGUAUGUCAUACAUAUACCUUUUUGGCACGCCGCGUCACGCUCGUACUGUGGCGCAACGCGCAACUGUUGGUACUGUGACGCAGUAGGCACUAGGUUCGAAUCCCGGUUAACACACAUUUAUUUUUAUGCAUAUUUAAAUUAAGUUAAAUUGUCGACAAACGUACUAUGAGAUUAAA